CCCCAGUCGGGCCCAGGCGCGGCCCCGCGGCGUCCCUGGGGGCCGGUGGGGAGCCGGGACCCUCGGGACUGUCCCUGACGGGCGGGCUGGGGUGGGAGUCCGCGCGCUUCGAAGCGUCGGCGAGAAAAGCAGAAAACAGCCCCGCCCGCCAGCUCCCUCCUCUCCGCUCCCCUCUCCCGGCUGUGCGCUGGACCCGGCCCUCGGAGCGGGGAUGCGGCCAGGAGCGCCGAGGGAGGCGCCUGCGAGAAACAACUCGGCUGGGUCCGGAGGCUGCUGCCUCGGACCGCGCUCCCAGCGCCUGGGCCUCGGUGUGUCCGGGACAAACUGCCCACGUAAUCGCAUCUGCCGGCGUCUAUUUUUGGUUUAUUUCCCCCUCAUUCCAAAGGAUUUGCCUGGCCAACUGUGUGCGCAAGAUCCUACGCAAUUCCUGGGACCCCAGAAAACAGGUGGAUCUAGGAUCCGGCUUCCAACAUGUGGCAGUUCUGGGCCUCCCUCUGCUGCCUGCUGGCCUUGGCCGAUGCCCGGAGCAGGCCCUCUUUCCAUCCACUGUCGGAUGAGCUGGUCAACUAUGUCAACAAACGGAACACCACGUGGCAGGCCGGGCAGAACUUCUACAACGUGGACGUGAGCUACUUGAAGAGGCUGUGUGGUACCUUCCUGGGUGGGCCCAAGCCGCCCCAGAGAGUUACGUUUACCGAGGACCUGAAGCUGCCUGAAAGCUUCGAUGCACGGGAACAAUGGCCACAGUGUCCCACCAUCAAAGAGAUCAGAGACCAGGGCUCCUGUGGCUCCUGCUGGGCCUUCGGGGCUGUGGAAGCCAUCUCUGACCGGAUCUGCAUCCACACCAAUGCGCACAUCAGCGUGGAGGUGUCGGCGGAGGACCUGCUCACCUGCUGUGGCAGCAUGUGUGGGGAUGGCUGUAAUGGCGGCUAUCCUGCUGAAGCCUGGAACUUCUGGACAAGAAAAGGCCUGGUUUCUGGUGGCCUAUAUGAUUCCCAUGUGGGGUGCAGACCGUACUCCAUCCCUCCCUGUGAGCACCACGUCAACGGCUCCCGGCCCCCAUGCACGGGGGAGGGAGACACCCCCAAGUGUAGCAAGAUCUGCGAGCCUGGCUAUAGCCCAACCUACAAACAGGACAAGCACUACGGAUACAAUUCCUACAGCGUCUCCAAUAGCGAGAAGGAUAUCAUGGCCGAGAUCUACAAAAACGGCCCCGUGGAGGGAGCUUUCUCUGUGUAUUCGGACUUCCUGCUGUACAAGUCAGGAGUGUACCAACACAUCACCGGAGAGAUGAUGGGCGGCCAUGCCAUCCGCAUCCUGGGCUGGGGAGUGGAGAACGGCACACCCUACUGGCUGGUUGCCAACUCCUGGAACACUGACUGGGGUGACAACGGCUUCUUUAAAAUACUCAGAGGACAGGAUCACUGUGGAAUCGAAUCAGAAGUAGUGGCUGGAAUUCCACGCACCGAUCAGUAUUGGGAAAAGAUCUAAUCUGCCGUGGGCCUGUCCUGCCAGUCCUGGGGGAGUUUUCCCCUGAAUACAGUCAGGGAUCGGGGCGAGAUGGGGGUAGAAAUGCGUUUUAUUCUUCGAGUUCACGUAAGAUACAAGUUUUAGACGGGGUCUGAAGGACUGGAUUGGCCAAACAUCAGCCAUCAGACCUGUCUUCCAAGGAAACACAUCCCAAGUCCUGGCUACAUCCCAGCCUGUGGUUACAGUGCAGACAGGCCAUGUGAGCCACCGCUGCCAGCACAGAGCGUCCUCCCGCUGUAGACUAGUGCUAUAGGGAGUGCCUGCUGCCCCAGCUGACUGUGGCCCCCUCCCUGAUCCAUCCAUCUCCAGGGAGCAAGACAGAGACCCAGGAAUGGAAAUCGAGUUCCUAACAGGAUGAAAGUUCCCCCAUCAGUUCCCCAGUACCUCUAAGCAAGCAGCUUUCCACAUUUGCUACAAGAUCAGAGGAGAGAUGGUGUUGGGAGCCCUUUGGAGAAUGCCACAGUCUCCCAGGCCCCCUCCAUCUAUCGAGUUUGCAAUGUCACAACCUCUCAUCUUGUGCUCAGCAUGAUUCUUUAAUAGAAGUUUUAUUUUUCGCGCACUCUGCUAAUCAUGUGGGUGAGUGAGUCGAACAGCUGGGAGACCUGUGCUAGUUUUACAGAUUGCCUCCUAAUGAUGCGGCUCAAAACUAAACCAAGUGGUCAGGACUUGUGUCAUACCCACUGAUCUCUACUACCACAAGGAAACUAGUUUAGGAGAAACCAGCUUUUACUGUGUUUUAAAAAUUACAGCUUCACCCUGUCAAGUUAACAAGGAAUGCCUCUGCCAAUAAAAGGUUUCUCCUUCAACUUGAAGUUGGCUCUGAUGGGAUCUCAGAGAUCAUUUGUCACUGCCUAUAGACUUGUAGCUGCUGUCUAUCCUUGUCCCUGCAGAGAAACACAUCCUGGAACUGCAUGUUCUUGCGACUCUUGGGACCUCAUCUUAACUUCUCGCUGCCCCAGCCAUGUUUUCAACCAUGGCAUCCCUCCCUCUUAGUUCCCUGUCAUCCUCAUCAACCUUCUCUGUAAGUCCUUGGUAAGCUUGCCCUUGCUUAAGAACUAACAACAUA